GCUGGGCCCGGCCGGCCAAGAUGGCGGAGGGGGUGCUGAGCCCCGGGGUGAACCUGGAGGCCUUCUCCCAGGCCAUCGCCGCCAUCCAGGCGCUGCGUUCCAGCGUGACCCGAGUCUUCGACUGCCUGAAAGAUGGGAUGCGAAACAAGGAGACCCUGGAGGGCCGCGAGAAGGGCUUCGUGGCCGCCUUCCAGGAGAGCCUGCACUCUGUCAGCCGCGACCUGGGUGAACUGGAGCGUCUGAGCAACCUCGUUGGUAAACCAUCUGAGAACCACCCCCUGCACAAUAGUGGACUCUUGAGCUUAGAUCCCGUUCAGGACAAAACACCUCUUUACAGCCAACUUCUUCAAGCCUACAAAUGGUCAAAUAAGUUGCAGUACCACGCCGGGCUAGCAUCUGGUCUUUUGAAUCAGCAAUCUUUGAAACGUUCAGCCAACCAGAUGGGAGUAUCUGCAAAACGCAGACCAAAAGCCCAGCCAACAACUCUUGUCUUACCUCCUCAAUAUGUUGAUGAUGUGAUCAAUCGCAUUGAUAGGAUGUUCCCUGAAAUGUCCAUCCAGCUAUCCCGGCCAAAUGGGACCUCGGCGAUGCUUCUGGUGAGUUGGAUCAUUUAA